AACACUUGUGAUCCACACACAACAAGUGCAGUUGUGCUUUACAUGAGAAAGCUCUGGCUGGAUCUUUGCAGGGGCUUUGAGCACGCUACAAUGACGGAGAAUGUGGACAUGAAUAUAUCUGUGAAUUUCAUUACCUUGAAAAGGGAGAUGGUGUAAUGCUUCGGCAAUAUGCGAGUAUCGAUGUAGACAGCUGAAACCGUCAACUCCCAAAUUAGCAUAGUACUACUGUACUUUCCAAAGUCUUUGCAUUUUUUUAAGGUAAUCUUUGCAUUAUUGUUGCUUGUAUGACCAAGGCUGUAUAGACUAGUCUAAACUCUCUUAGCAAUGUAAGACUGCAAUUAUUGUUUCUGGUCUAAACUCUCUUAGCCCCCCCCUGCGAUUCCUUUUGCAAAAUCGAUGGAUUGGUCAGCUCUUGCCUGCUCCGUCACGGUCCUGAUCCUUGCAUUCCUGCCCUUGCGUGCGUCCGACGACCGGCUUGUCCCCGGCAAGCCGCUCUUCCCCGGAGCCACCAUCAUCUCCGACGGCGGUGACUUCGCCUUGGGAUUCUUCGCCCCCUCCAGCUCAGCUCCGGCCAACCUGCACCUUGACAUCUGGUACAACGGCGUCCCUGAGCUCACCGUGGUGUGGGUCGCCAACCGGGAAACUUCGGUCACCAACAGUGUUGUUGUCUAGCCUACUCACUGAACCACGGCGAUCACCGGAGACAAGGAAGAAACAAGAAAAAGAGAGGACACGAGGUUUCCCGGCGCACAAACGUCUCCGGCCGCACGAACAGCCCCUUGUAUUUCUGGCGAGCUCGAACUCUGCCAGACACACACCACCCGACCGUGAGCGCACAUACACUCCCAGAGGCUACAUCAUCUC